AUGUAAUAACGAGAUUAAGUAGAAGUAAGUAAAAUUUUAAAUAAAAAUAGGACAAGAAGCAGUUAAUGUAUGGUAUAUAGGAUAUGUUUGUUCGAAAAUCAGCUCUAACAAAUACAAUGUAGUAAGUAAUUUCAAUUACAGAACCAAUAAAUAAUGAAAAGUCUAGUAUUGAAAAAUACUAACUAAAGAUAUAGGAAAAUCAAUUGAAGUAUUUGUUGGUUUUGUGGAUUCAUUUUUUUGUUUCCUUGAUAAUAAUAGGAUUAUUAGGAUAUUUUAAUUUAAGCGAAUAGAUGGAGUAAAUACCUUUCAUCAUUUUUUUUGUGCUUUUAAUGCUUUAUAUUUUAUUAUUGGCAUUUGCCUAAUUUAAUUAAUCAUUUUCUAAAAAUUAGCCUUAAAACGUAUUUUUGUUUGUAAAUUUUAUAAAUUAAUAAAUAGAGUUUGAGUACUAUAAUUAGAUAGUUUUGGUUUGUAUAUGUGAUAAUAAGAUACCCAUAAUUGAAUUUAGUUGUAAUAAUUAGUGUGAUAUUCACCAACUUAAUAAUAAUAUCGAUUUGUUUCCAUUUAGAUAGAUAAGAUGGAAUUAAGAACUGUUUCUUAGUUUCUAAACAGCUAUGGAGGUACUUGCUUUGAAAUUAAACUAUUUAAUAGAAUAUCGUUCGUGCUUCUUUUUGAAAUCUUAUUUGUGGGUUUAUAUUUGGACAUUUAGGAUGCAAUAUCGGCAAUUAUUUGGUAAAUUAAUAAUUUAACUAUAAGGAUAUUAAUAUUAUAUCUCUUAUAUUCAUUCAUAUUGUUAAAUGUAUAAUUAGUAGAAUUCAGAAAACCUCUAGCUAAAAACAGAAACAUCUAUUUAUUAUCCUAAUUAUAUUUUGAAGGUGAUUUAGUGUUUCCAUGCUAUUUUUUUAAAUAUCAUAUGCCAUGCUGUAGUAAAGAAAGCAUUCUAAGAUGA